UUGGACUUCGACUUCGAUUUCUCGUCGCAGCAGGCCGCGACAGUGGUGUAAAUCGGGAAGGCCCAAACGGCCCUUUACGAGAAGUUUCCAAAGUCGAACCAGUUCAGUUCACUAACCUCCCAAACACCAUCGCCGCCGAGGUCGGAAUGAUCACGAUAACCGCCUUUUACACCGCCAACAACCGCCCAACAUGAUAAUCUCAGACAACCUCCGCACGGCAUCCAUAUACAUCAACAACCAGCUGCUCUCGCGCGGCCUCCUCCGCGAUGGCGACACCAUCGACUUCGCCUACCCGGGCGACAACGAUGACGAGCUGGCCCACACAAUGGGUCGUAUAAUGGGGGUAGUUAACGACCUGAUCCUCCGGCGCGACCGCGACGCCGAAACCCGCGAAUCCCUCUCCCAAACCCUGCGCUCCCUACGCGCCGAGUCCCUCCGCCAAAGCACCGACAUCGUCCGACUGUCCGACAAGCUGACCGAUUCCGCGCGCAAGACCGCCCUCGCCGAGCAAGAGACUGCGCACGCUCGCACCCAAUUAAAGGCUGCCGAGCAGACUGUCGCCCGUCUGAAAGAGGAGGCUGCCCGCCAGAAGAGCCUGGUCCAGCAAACGAGAAAUGCGUGUGCGAAUGAGAUCAGGAAGCGGGAUCGAAUGAUUGAGGGGCUGAAGAAGGCGGUGGCGGAUGCGGGGAGGACAAGGGGCACGGGCCAUACCAGGGGGGCGUCGAGAGACGGUGGGAUGGGUAGUGGGCUAGGAGGUGUGAUGAGCAUCGUGGUACAGGCGGGCGAGGAGUAUAAUGCUGAGGCGGGCGGCAAGAUGGGGGUUCCGCAGGGGAUGACCGGGUCAGAAGGGUAUGAUCUCCGAAUGGAGACGAACGGGUUCCUUGCGGAGCUGGCCAAGGGUCUCAGCGAGGAGAAUGAGGUUCUACUUGGGCUGGUGAGGAGGACGGUGAAGAGGAUGCAGGAGAUGAGUGGAUGGGAUGUGGUUGCCAAUGUUGUGGUGCAGCAACAGCAACAACAGCAGCAGCAGCAGAAAGAUGAGGCCGGGGAUACGAACAUGGAGGGCGGAGGCGAGCUGAGGAAAGAGGAGGACGAAGGGGAAAAGCAUGCUCUGGUGAUUCCUACUAGCUGCGAGGAACUUCAGCGGGACCUGGAAAAUGUGCUGGAGCAUAUGCGCAUCAUCUUGACGAACCCAUCGUUUGUCCCCAUCGAGGAGGUGGUGGUGCGCGAGGACGAGAUCCAUCGCUUGCGCGAUGGCUGGGUCAAGAUGGAGAGCCGAUGGAAAGAGGCAGUUCACUUGAUCGAUGGCUGGCGCAAUAGGAUGCAGGUCAGCGGUAAGGCCGUUAACGUGGAAGAACUCAAGAUGGGUUUGCGACUUAGCCCGGUCAAGGUUAAGAACGUGGCAGAGACUGCGCAUGGGUUGCAGCUGGAGAUGCCCAGUGUCAGGGAAGACGAGGAUGCAGAAGAGCAGGCGGAUCGCGAAGAUAUCGAGCGGUAUCUUGAGAAGGAGAAGGCCGAUGCUGCUACCGCCGCCGCUGCCGCCGCCUCUACGAAUGCCUCUAUCCCAAGAUCUCGAGAUAGCUCACUCCAUCUUGUGCCGGCACCAAUGGGAGGUGUGCCUGACGACCCUAUGGACGAGGACAGCGAGCAAUCGAGCAUCUUCGAAGACGACGAUAUCGAUCUGGACGACUUGGAGGACGACGACGAGGAGCCCAACGUGGAGGUUCUUGGGCACUCGUUAAUGUUGAGUUCACCGCCGCUUCCUGUGCCACCGCAACUCAGUCCGCUUAAGGAUUCGCCUGCGGCAGGUAACAGGGGUGGUUUUGGACAGCCUAACUUGCGUCGAGGAGGCGGAGACUAUACCAACGACCUACGGGCAGCCGAAGUAGGCCCUCCUGUACCACCACACGCCGACAAACCGCAGCAGACGAAGAAGUCCAUCCGGCCGGUGCGACAAGAAGAUGAUGAUGCUUCAGUUUCUGAAAGGGAACAGUCACGUCCAUCUACUGCGCCAUCUGCUACAUCUCCCGGUAGCAUCAAGCUGGUCAAGGCAGAGGCAUACGGACCCAAAGCGGCAAGUGCAGCGAGGAAGCGGCCAGGGACAGCCACAACGGUUCCGACAGGCCCCACUACUAGGACGCGGUCACGUACACGUACGGCUGAGUCGGAGCGUGAAGCUCCUGCUCCUGCUGCUACAUCUGGUGGGACUGGAAGAACACAGACAACAGCCGCGAGAAAAGCGGCCGCCGAUAGGUCUAAACCACCCAUCACACGUGCUGCACCCUUCAGUACAGCACCAGGAGCAAGAAGCAAGAGCCAAACCCGAUCACUCACAUCAUCCGGUAAAAGUAAGGAGACCGAGAGCAAGACGGGCCCCAAGUAUGUCCCAGGUCAUAGGCGAACCAACUCAGAGAAGACGACCUAUUCCAACGCCAGCGGCCCUGGCACUCCCGGAAGGGAAAGGGAGGUAGCAGGCAGUAACUCCCGACCUACCACCUCCAGCGGGCUUACCAAGACAAGGGAAGCCACACUUCUUGCCCAAUCACCCAAGCUCGCACCAUCACCCAGGUUUACCAAGGGCCUAGCCACCGCCAACAACAGCGAGAACGGCAGCUCAACCGAUAGCGCGAACCGCAGCGGCGGCGGUGCCAUCUCCCAAUCCCCUAUCAUCCCCAACCGCUCGCCCAAGCGAACCGGCAACUCGCGUCUCCCGCUGCCUCGGACAGGGCUCGUUAAUACCGCUGCCCUCCAGGCACAGCAGAGCCCACUCAACGUGGCAGCCAUCGCCGCAAAGCUAGCCGCUUCUGAACGAGAGGCUGACGCGGCCCGGGUCAGGGCCAAGCUGAAGGCCAUGAAGAGGUCAAAACAGGAGAGCGUGGGUCCCUCUCAGUCUCAACGGUCCGCCAAUGGCUCCAGCCAGAGACAAAGCAAGAACCAAAGCCAAAGCCAGAAUCAAAACCAAAACCAAAACCAAAACGAGAAGCAGUCCGAAGACAACCAAAACACCAACAACAAUGGCCGCGCCACCCCCAUGGACUGCGACGACAAUGACGAAAACGAACUUAUCAUUGAACGCCACCGCGCCGGCACACCCAGAGGCAGACAAGACAAAACCCCCAAAACAGCCAGCAGAGCGGCCCGCGAACAGGAGGCGGAGCUCUUCGACUUUGAACAAGAAGAUGAAGAAGUCGAUGAGCUCGCCGGACCGGAAAACCAUCACUACAGCAUGGGAAUGGGUAUGGAAAAGUUACAUGUGCAGAAGAGAAAGAGAGAGAAGAUGAGGACGAGCAGGACGGCCAGCAGGAGGAGGAGUACCCUGAACCCGUGGGAACUGCAGAGUUUGCUUCAGGGGAGUGUCAAUGUGCCUCCUUUGAUGCCCCCGCCGCCGAAUCCAAUGACAGCUGGGAUGGGGAUGACUACUGAUGUUGGGAUGGAAGGUUAGAUUAGGCUGACAAGGCAUGGCUAGUUAGGAAAGGUCC